UCGUCGUCUGCUGCACCCGCCCCUUUAUAAGGCCGUCACGUGGACUGACGCUCUCCUUUCCCCCCGCACUCGAAGCAGUAGGCGCGUUUAGUCAACGCUCCCCUCCACACAAGAGACCCACAGAAUAACUCUCCCGUCGUCUUCUUCAACACAAUACUUCCAACAUGGUGAAGGCAGCCAAGGCAACUGCUGUGAAGAAUGGCAAACCUCAGAAGAAGGCGCCACCUCCGCCCAAACAGGUGGAUGAGUCGAGCGAGGAGGAGGAUGACUCCGAGCCAGAGGUCCCUGUGAAGAAGGCAACACCUCUGCCGAAAAAGGCUGCAGCCAAGGUGACGGUGAAGCAGGCGUCUGAGGACGACAGCGAGGAGGAGGUGGUGGUUCCUGCCAAGAAGGGCAAGCCUGCCGCCAACAGCAAGGCCGUGGCAAACAACAAGCCGGCUGCCAAGAAGGCAGCACCCAAGAAGGCCGAGAGCUCUGAAGAGGAGUCUGAUGAGGAGGAUGAUGAUGAUGAGGAGGAGGAAUCUGAGGAGGAGGCACCACCGCCACCAAAGAAGACGCCUGCUAAAACAGCAGCCAAGGCCACUCCCGCAAAGGCCACUCCCGCAAAGGCCACUCCUGCCAAAGCAACACCUGCCAAGAAAGCACCAGCUGAUGACGAAGAUGAGGACUCUGAAGAUGAUGAAGAUGAGAAGCCAGUGGCCAAGAAAGCAGCUGCUGCCAAGGCCACUCCCGGCAAGACCACUCCCGGCAAGGCCACCCCAGCUAAGGCCACCCCAGCAAAGGGCAAGCCGGCAGAAUCCGAUGACGACGAGGAGGAUGAAGAUGAUGAGGAUUCGGAGGAGGAGUCCGAGGAGGAGAUGGAUGUGACCCCUGCGCCUAAAGCCAAGGGUGCUAAGGCAAAGGAAGAGUCUGAGGAAGAGGAUGAUGAUGAUGAGGAUGACGACGAUGAAGAGGAUGACGAAGAUGCUGAUGAACCUCCACCCAAGGCCAAGGCAGAGAAGCGAAAGAAGGAGGAGGACAAGACCGCCUCUGCAUCCAAAAAACAGAAAGUUGAUACUGGCGAUAAGAAAGAACGUGACGCCAAGACUCUAUUUGUGAAGAACAUCGCAUGGACUUCGACGGUGGAAAGUCUGACGGAGGCUUUUGAGGGAGCUGUUGAAGUGCGGAUUCCACUGGGCCCCAACGGGAAGAGCCGCGGGAUCGCGUACGUGGAGUUCCCCUCGGAGGAGGAUGCCGAGGCGGCCAUGAAGGAGUACCAGGGUGCCGACGUGGACGGGCGCGCGGUCCUCCUCGACUAUGUCGGGGAUAAGAGCAACAAGGGCGCGGGGCAGCAGCAGGCCAGCUUCGGAGCAAAGCCACAGGGCCCCGAGAGCAACACGCUCAUGGUGCGGAACCUGUCCUUCCAAGCGGACGAGGACUCUCUGCGAUCGGUGUUUGAGAACGCCGAGGCGGUGCGUGUGCUAAUGGACCGCGAAACUGGCAAGCCCCGUGGGAUGGCAUUUGUGGACUUUGCGAGCAUUGACGAUGCCAAGGCGGCGAUGAAGGCGCACAGCGGUGCCGAGGUGGAGGGCCGUGCCAUCCGCCUGGAGUUCAGCACACCGCGUGGCGCCCCCGCCCCCAGUGAAGCGACCAACACGCUGUUCGUGCGAGGCUUGGGCGAGGACACCUCUGAGGACACGCUCAUGGACUCGUUUGAGGGAGCCACGGCUGCACGUAUCGUCACCGACAGGGACUCGGGCCAGUCCAAGGGGUACGCCUAUGUGGACUUCAGCUCUUCGGACGAGGCCAAGUCUGCGCUGAACGCCAUGAAGGGUGUGGAAAUUGACGGCAGCCAGAUCUACGUGGACUUCGCCCGUCCCAAGGGCUCGACGCCCAGCCGUGGUGGUGGAGGCCGUGGUGGUGGCUUUGGCGGCAGGGGUGGUGGAGGCUUUGGCGGUCGCGGUGGAGGCUUUGGCGGUCGUGGGGGUGGUGGAUUUGGUGGGGGCCGCGGUGGUGGCUUCAGGGGGGGCCGUGGAGGCGGUGGUUUCAGAGGAGGUCGUGGUGGUAGCAGUGGAAGGAAGGAUGGCAUCCAGGAGUUCAAGGGCAAGAAGAUGACUUUUGACAACUGAAAUUAAUGUAUGUUUUUCUCCAUAUUUCGCUAAAAGUUAUAAAAUGGACAUUUUGCGUGCUCACACUCGCGCUCAGGACUGAGAGGGGUGGAUGGGGACUCGGGUCUGGCAGUGCCACGAUGCUGAGGCCUGGCAUGGAGUCAUACGCACCAUUCUACCAACGCAAAACCAUCCACCCCACAAUCCCACUCAAUGCGCCCCCCACACCACCAAGAGUACACCGCAGCCCUUGUCACCAUCUGGCUGCUUGAAAAGUCCCAAAGGGGGGUGGGAACCUCUUUCCAUAUUUAAGCUUAGGGCCUCAAUUGAUUUGUGCAGUGCCUUUUAGAAUAUUGGGAAAAAAUGGUUAUCCUGACUGGUUUUUAGCUAUACUGCAUGGGCCCAUUUAUGGCUCAUAAUUCUACUGUAAAAUAAACAUUUCAAGAUUUUUCAUUGUCUGAAAUUGCAUAUCAUAAUGGACGUUUCACGCUUUAUGUAAAAAAAAUACCCCAAAUAACCGUUCAUUGUGAUACAUCGGGUUGAUAAUUUUUAGUCCUGAUACAUUGGCAUCUUAACCCAACAGCAUCUGGCCAUAACACGUUCCAAAGGGUGGAUGUUUUUGUCACUGAUGAAUGGCGUUAUAAACUUUUUUUGCCCCGCUCUCUUUAUGGACCCCUUUAAAAAAAUUAUUAGACGUUGCUGACGUGGAAAUUGAUUCGUUGGGCACCAUGAGGCGGUCCUGCCUGGCUCGGUGGAGACACGUGCUUGUGCACAGGAGACGGAGUCUCGCAGCCGUGAUUAGAACAUUUUUAUCCUGAAGCCUGCUCCUGUAGUCCCUUUGCAUAUAAAGUACUUGUGUGUGCGUGCUUUUUGUUAAGUGGUUAUUUUUUUUACUUGUAAAUAUGAGUUUCUGUAGUUGCUCAUUGUUAUUAAUUUGUUGACAACGUAACGAAAAUGCCGCCUGUAUUUUGGUAAUAUCCAAAAUGUGCAGUUGCAGGUUUCUGAAAUAAACUCAAUAAUAACUCCGCUCCCCUCCCCCUUAUCCUUUAUUAUAUGUCGAGUAGAUGUGGGCUGUGAAUUGUGCUGGUUUCUAAGGUUUAAUUAAGUUGCUUGGACAGUCCUAACUGCCAUAAGCGUUUGGUUGUUGGCCAUAACCAUAAUAGGUUGCUUGUCAAUGUUAAAUACUGGUUCCUACAAAAUUACAAUGGAUAUAAAUUUCUGAAGGAAAAUAUUAGCAGGCGUGUAAUACUGAUGGUUAAUUGUCCAGAGUUUGUACCAUCCGAGAUCAAGCAUCCUAUUAAAUGAUGCGUUAAACUAGAAUUGUUAUUCUGAAAUAAUUUCAGACGUUGCUUCGUUUGGCUUCUGUAACGAUGAGUCAUGAAUUAAGAACACAAUAUAAUGUUCUGUUCGGAUGCCAUUUGGAAUAGUUUGAGCGAUCUGCUCACACGAAAACGAUCAUGCAAUAAUAGAAAGCUUUGCGAUAUCCAUAGAUUGUUAAGAACUAAACUGCAUGCACGUUUAAAUUCGGGACAUCAAGUAAGCCACUAGAGGUCAUCGCGAGGUUUGGUAGCUGUGCCACAUGCAAGCGUGUGGUCUUGCCCUAAAAAUGCCGCUGGUAACAGAUCAAGGUUAUGCGUCUGUUGAUGCUUGUUUAAUAAUUACCCUGCACAUCUAGAUACCAGUUUAUUGUGAUUUAAAUGUGUAUGUCACUUGGGAGCUAAAGCUGCAUUUCAAGUUCACAAUUUAAUUUUUUCCUCGCCCUUGGUCGCAGUCGGCUACAAGGGGCAAACGAAGAGAACCCGGUUUUGUUAGAAAAUACAGAAAAUACCCAAAAGAGUGAAUUGUAUUUUGUUUGAAUGCGUUGAUAUACUUGAGAAAGUAGUGGCUGAAGCAGUCUAAUCAAGUGCUAUGUUUGCAGAUUACUGCUACUUUUUUCCUUAAAGUUAGCUAUUUUGUUUUGCAUGUGUACCAUUUUUUUAAAAGGUGAAACAUGUAAAGUAGAACACAAUUGCUUGUGAUUCGUCAUUAUUUUACAUAUUAAAGUAUAGUCCCCUA